GUUGCAGGCUUUUCACGGUAUUCUGAAAGGCGCCGGGUAAUUAAGGUCAUUUUAAAGACACCAGUGUAAUGAAUAUGCAAAUUUUGGCAGCGAACAGCUCAUUCCAGCACUGGGCACGCCUAUCGCCUCCUCCCGUCCGCCCCGCUGCCCACAGAGCCAGAAGCAGAACCACGCUAUUUCCCGGGCCCGGCGUCGUCAGUCAGGCAGCGCCCAGAACCCCGCCCCGCCCACGGUGCGCGCCCGAGCGCCGCCCGCCGAGCAGGACAGGGCGGGCCCAGCGCCACCGCCCACGCGCGCUCCCGCCGUUGGACCCGGUCGGGACCGCGCGUGCUCGGGGCCGCGCGUGAGCAGUAUGAGCGCGCGUCCAGGACAGUGACGGCCUCGGGGAUGGACUGCGGCUCGGCGGCGGGCGAGAGGCAGAAGCACCCGCGGGGCCGCCGGCGCCUUAUGCUCUUCCAGUUUGCUGGCCUGUGCGGGAGCCCGGGCGGCAGCUACCUGUCCACGCCCCCCGGAGGUCUGGGGGCGCUGCGCCGCGGCGGCGCGUCACGUGUCCGCCCGCUGCUCCUCCUGCUCUCGCCCCCGCCGCGCCCGCCGCCCGCAGACUGGGGGGGCUCGCGCCCGGCGUCCUCUGCUGCCCCGGCCCGGCGCGGCGGCGCGUGGAGCUGCCCGCCGGGGCUGGUCCCGGGCGUCGCCUGUGCCGCCGGCGCCCCCCGCCCGAUCCGCGGCCGAGUGGCCGCCCUCGCUUCCUCAAGGAGAGAGAUAAGCCUCUCUGCUGGGAGCCUGCAGCUGGAGUACAAAGCAAGAGAUUUCACCUCUUCUGAGAGUAGGAAGCUCUACUUUGACACUCAUGCCUUAGUGUGUUUACUCGAAGAAAAUGGGUUUACUACUCAACAAGCAGAAAUCAUUGUAUCUGCGUUGGUCAAGACCGUAGAGGCCAACAUGAACAUCGUCUACAAAGACAUGGUCACCAAGAUGCAGCAGGAGAUCACUCUUCAGCAAAUAAUGUCUCAGAUUGCUAAUGUGAAAAAAGAUAUGAUUAUUUUGGAGAAGAGUGAAUUUUCAGCCCUUAGAGCAGAAAAUGAGAAAAUAAAACUUGAACUACAUCGAAAACAACAAGUAAUGGAUGAAAUGAUCAAAGUCCGAACAGAUACCAAAUUAGACUUCAAUCUAGAAAAGAGCAGAGUGAAAGAAUUGUAUUCAUUGAAUGAAAGGAAGCUGCUGGAAAUAAAGACAGAAAUGGUGGCAUUGCAUGCCCAGCAAGAUCGUGGUGUCACCCAGACAGACAGGAAGAUAGACACGGAGGUUGCUGGCCUUAAAACUAUGCUCGAGUCACACAAGCUUGACAAUAUUAAAUAUUUAGCAGGGUCUGUGUUUACAUGCCUAACAGUAGCUCUGGGAUUUUAUCGCCUAUGGAUGUAAUAAAUUCUCUAUUUAAAGAGCUCUCUUAAUUGUUUUGCCUUAAAAAUA